CAUCUAUCCCUGCAGGGGCCAGCGGCGUUGGUCGUAGCCACAUCAAGAACGCUCUGCUCAGCAACAACCCGGAGAAGUUCAUGUAUCCACCGCCGUACACCACACGGCCCCAGAAGAAGAACGAGGUGGACGGGAAGGACUACUACUUUGUCUCCACUGAGGAGAUGACCCGGGACAUCUCAGCCAAUGAGUUCCUGGAGUUUGGAAGCUACCAGGGAAACAUGUUUGGAACCAAGUUUGAAACAGUACACAAGAUCCACCAGCAGGAUAAAGUCGCUAUUUUGGACAUUGAACCCCAGACCCUGAAGAUCGUCCGCACGGCUGAGCUCUCCCCGUUCAUAGUCUUCAUCGCCCCGACAGACAAGGCAGAUCAGUCAGAGGCUUUGCAGCAGCUCCGGAAGGAUUCAGAGAGCAUCCGGAGCCGAUACGCGCACUACUUUGACCUCUCGCUAGUCAACAACGGGGUGGAAGAAAGCCUCCAGCUGCUGCAAGAGGCCUUUGAGCAGGCCUGCAGCUCUCCACAGUGGGUGCCUGUCUCCUGGGUCUACUGAGAGGGCAUCUGACCCCAGCCGCUUCCCAUCGACCAUCCUGCAGCCGUGGGGAGAAAACCCACCUCCUCAGCUUCCCCUGAUUCACACACAGCCCAGCACAACUCCCGUCCUCUGCUGCUCCGCAGACAUGGUCUCAACUGGUUGACACGCACACAUGGGGUCUUCAG